GCAGCGGAGAAGAGUUCCAAACAUGGAGAAGGUGAUCGGGCACAGAAUUUGAUGGCUGUGAUUCGAGACAGAAUGAAGAUACAGGAGAGGAAUAAACCGGAAAUUUUUGAAACUGUUAGGAUAGUAUUCAGCGUUGAUGCGACCGUGCAGCAGGAGACGUUAAAACAAGUGAAAACGAGUAUUCUGGAAGGAAGCUCCAAAUGGAGUGCGAAAAUUGCUCUCACUGUGAUAUGUGCUCAAGGCCUGAUAGCAAAAGACAAAACGGGUAAAAGUGAUCCAUAUGUGACGGCGCAGGUCGGCAAGGUGAAAAAGCGGACGCGCACAAUACAUCAGGAAUUAAAUCCGGUCUGGAAUGAAAAGUUUUUUUUUGAGUGCCACAAUUCAACGGAUCGAAUCAAAAUUCGUGUUUGGGACGAAGACAAUGAUUUAAAGAGUAAAUUGAGGCAAAAACUGACAAGAGAAUCGGACGAUUUCUUGGGUCAGGCAAUCAUUGAAGUGAGAACUUUGAGCGGCGAAAUGGAUGAUAGUCCUCUGCCUUAUUUUUUUGGCCUGAAAUCGUCUCAUUAUCGGAAAUGUGCUGUGUUGGGCAAAUUCAAUAAACCUGAUGAUAUGUAUUUCCUUAACAGGAUGCGCCAAUAUUUCACAUGA